AUGAUAUGGUGAAAAGGGUGCUUUGUGGAACUACAAAUGGGGAAAGCGUAGCUGUGACUCAAAGCUCAGUUACCUGGAAUGCACUAUAUUGGGCUGGUGGGAGUGACUGCAGAAAACAUGGAAGUGUCAGCAUAGCUGCGAGGCAACCAAGCUUGGAGUCAUAUCUAAGGAGCAGUGCCUACUCCCGCAUACCUCGCUGAGUCCACGUGAAAUAAUUGACUAGUGUUUUGGCUAAAUGCAUGGCUCGUUUCCUUGUCUUGUAGACUCAAAGGACUAAAUUGAGCUUUACUGUAACUCCAUUGGCUUUGAUGGUUGUAACCAGUUACCCCAGGGCUGAAUUUGAUGUGAACCAUCAGGCCCUUCUGUAAAAAAAACAAAAAAAAAAAAAAAACAAAAACAACUUGCGCAUGAUGUUCUACUUCUCUUCCACUGUGGGAUGUUCCAAUGAUAACAUUCUGUGUAUGGUUUCACUUGCUACAGGCCACACCAAUCUUUGCAGCAUGAGGCAUUCACUGAUUCCACUUUGCUAUUCCCUCUCAUUUCUAUGAGAUGUAAAAGAGCUCUUGGAAUUAUAUUCACUUCUGCCUUAUUGUUUUGAAACUCCCUCACCCUCUUCCACAGGAUUGGAAUCAUGCCAUCCAAUUCUCUGAAAGCUCGCUCAGGGUUGGCAAAUGGAGCCAUCCAAACCUUCCUAUGAUGUCCUUGCCAUUGGUAUGUUAACAGACUAGAGUCAGUGAAAGGGAAAAGCUGGUUCAUCUGCUUAUAUCUCGGCCCUGGCAGUCACAAGCAUAAUCUAUCGACUUCUGAGAUUCUUUCCAGCGCUAACAAACCCAGCUUCUUUUCAGUGCUGCCUUGAAACGUGAGUCUUUUGGGAGCAAUGGCAAGGAAUGUAGCCAAGCCCUACAAAUAAGUAAAGCUGAUGGGUAUCCAUAUAAUCUCUUUACCCUUAGGUCAGGAAUUCCUCCCCAUUUGUAGAGUUAUGAUUCUUCUCAUUGGCUUGGUAUCUCAUUGGGGGGGGGGGAGGGAGAGCUCGGUGGUUUGAGCAUUGGCCUGCUAAACCCAGGGUUGUGAGUUCAAUCCUUGAGGGGGCCACUUAGGGGGUCUAGGGCAAAAAUCAGUACUUGGUCCUGCUAGUGAAGGCAGGGGGCUGGACUUGAUGACCUAUCAAGGUCCCUUCCAGUUCUAGGAGAUUGUAAUGCAGAUAUCCUAUCCUAAUACCAAACACCACCACCACCUUCAGAAGUGAGUGAGUUUUGGCAAGCCUUUGACCUCUUGUCUUCCAGGCUUCAGUCCAGCUCUUAUUUUUGUUCUAUAACAGAAGCUAAUUAUUUUUAAUAUAUGAACUGACUUUAUUUAUAGGGAAAUUGUCACAUAGUUUAUGCCCCACAUUUAGGUUUCAUUGGGGGUGAGGAAGAAUUUUUUUUUUUAAGUAACUGUAUAAAAAUAUUUUCAUGAACAAUCUCAAUGAAGAGGCUUUUUUUUUAAGGGUUAAACAUCACCUUCCGUUGUAGCUUUUGCAUCUCAAACAUUACAGCACUGGACAAUGCCUGAGAGUCUUUAGCUGAAACUGACUAACUGCUGAAUUUAAAUUGACUUGUCUAGUUUUGCUCACCCAGCUGAGAUGUGCAAAACAUCCAGGCCAAAAAUAUAUAUAUAUAUAUUUGUAAAACAAGUCAGGAUAUAGGUUUUGCUAAAUGUGUGCUUGAUCUUGGACAGAAUGUCUUUAAAAGUCACAAUACGAACAUAUUAGAGUUACAUGGCAGCUGUUGCUGCAAAUGCACUGUAUUAAUGUAUCUGUAUUCAUGUAGGCCUUGAUCCAAAGCCCAUUGAAGUCAGUGGAAAGACUCCCACCGUCUUUGGUGGGCUUUGAAUUGCCCUUUUAUGGGCAAAUGUUGUUGCCUAUUAUAGUGCUUCAUUGGACCAAUCCAGCACUCACUGAAGUCUGCUGAAUCCUUCCAUUGACUUCACUUGCAGCCCAGAUCAGGGUCUAUUCUAGGAAUUUGUUGUUAGCAUUUGGCAUGAUGAACUAUCUAGUUUAGUGUUGUUAUGACUAGGGAUGUGGGGAACCUGGCACACAUCCACAGCAGUAAAUCAAGUCCUCUAAUACCUUUAUCCCUUCCUCACUUCCUCGUUGGUCUGUAGCAAAUGUAUUGAUCUAACAGGUUUAUUCAGUUAACGGAGAGGAUAAAAUAUUUUUGUUUCCCCACAUCUAAGAUGGGUUUUAAAAAGUGAUUAGCGGGGCUGUUUACAAAAUAAUGUUGGUCACAAAUGACCACCAAGUAAAAAGUGGUCACAGGAUAAUAGUUGCCUGCUGCUAGAUGAGUGCUCUUAACAUAGGGAUAAAAGAAAUAGCACUUCUCUCUGUCCCGUAUUCUGCUUAGCCUGCAUGAACUGCAGACUUUCAGGCCUUGUUCUAAUUAUGCUAACAAGCAUCUUUAGCAGGGCCCUAUCACAAUUCCUCUGAUCAGCAACAGUUUUCUGAGAACUAGGUUAAUCAGACCAUGCUGUGAUGCACCCACAAGAUGCCCCAGCUGGCUCUCUCCCCAUUGUUGUAUGUAGCAUGAUUUUUUAACCUAAUUAUCGGACAUUGCGUCCAUCUACACUAUGACAGUAUUAGGGGAUCUGGUUACCACAUGCCUGUCACCCGCACAUUGAAAGCGGAUCUUGUAAUGCAGAUGGGAAAUGUCUGAGGCUUUAGCCUGUGUUUGGUGCCCUGUUUACAGCUGUAUUUGUAGUGCAGAUGAAAUGGAAAAGUCGCUGUCCACAUUGGCCUUUGGAAACAGCCCUAGCAACACCUACAUUGAAGAGGAGUUCUUACUAGCAUGGUGUAAGUCAUAGUGUGGACAGUCUAAGCACCUUUGAGAGUAAGGGGGAGACAGGAAAAACCAGUAUGUGACAGGAGCCAUCAUCCCUGUUGUAUUGUGGUAGCUCCACUCUGUUGUGAAGUUUCCUGCAUUUGCUGGUGACUGAUCAGAUUUAGAAAGUGUGCCUCUCUUUAAAAUUGGGAGUGGCCUGGUGGUGGCAAUCCUAGGACUUCAGGAUCAUCUCCUGAUGGAGAUGAAAGGCUGAGAGGGAAGGAUGAGAAGGACUGAGCUAAGAAAGAAGAUCCUAUAAGCUAUUUGUCAUGCACUCACUCAUUUGGCAGAUGGUGCUAAGGCACUUAUAAGGCUUGUGCCAUUUUCUUUCAGUAAAUCAUGGGAAGUGACCUCAGGUGAUGUGGGGCCCAAGCCUAUGAAUCACUGAGCAUCCUCCACUCCCACUGAGUCUCAUUGCCUUGCCGGAUCAGGGCCUUGGAGGUUUAACAGCAAAGCUAAUCUAGUCCCAGACCAAAAAGGUAAAUUUCCCCAUUCUGCCCCAUGUGGGCUUGCUAUUGGCUAGAACCACCCCAAGAUCACAAAGGACUCUUGACACUACUGCAAUAGCAGAAGAGGACUCCUUGACCAUUGGACCAAAUUCCUCCUGGUUGCAGCCUCGUUAGCGUUGGUAGGGUUACACCCAGGAUCAAUAUGGUUCCCGGCAUUGGAAUAAGAUAUCUCAGACCCUGUCCUUUCCCAUCGAAAGGGGAGGGGCCUUCAUUGCCUUUUGGCAGAAACAUUGGGUUCCUUUAAGUGUAUCCAAAGCCACUCAUGUGUACAAGUGAGUGCUUACCUGUCUUUGGAGAAGUCAAAUCAGGUGUAAUGUAAUAGGUGAGGCCUGGGGCCAUGUUGUAGAGUUUGCUGUCAUAGUGUUCUCUCUCUAGAGUGGGAGAGUUGGGAACAGCCAAUAUACCUGAAUGAGUAUUUCCAAAACUCUAAAUGAGCUGAGAGGCUGGAAUAAAUCAGACGGGUCUCUUCAAGGUGAUGUUUGUUAGCAACACAGCUCUGUGGGGCUUCCUCCCCAGUGCAUCCACACAGGCUGAAGCCCCUAAUGUGCCCCGGACUGCAAUGCCAUUCAAAUGGUCUAGUGUCUAGUACAUGGGGUUGGGAUUAGGGCGAUAGGUGUUUAAUUAUUGUCUCGGCCUCAGACUUCCUGGAUGACCCUGGGUAAGUCACGCUACCCUGUGCCUCAGUUUCCCAUCUGUGAAGGGGAAUAAUACUUCCCUACCUUCCAGGGGCGUUGUAAGGCACUUGUGGUUGGGAUACUAUGGUGAUGAAGGCCAUAUAAGUACAUAGAGAUUCUGACACUUUGACUUGGUUGCCUUAUCAAAGCUAUAAUCCAGUUUAUAGUGGUUGAUAAUGAAUGAUGCACCUGCUAAGGAGGGGAGAUGAAGUAGCUAGAAGUUCUCUCAUCACCGAGGUUAUAGAAGAAGCCUCUGAUUCUAUCCUGGGUGGUUCUGAUUUAGUACAUGUGUGGUUUGAUUUGGAGUUUGAUUUUGCAAAUUGCCAUCUGGCUGUGUCUUGAUUUACUGUCUCUCGAAUUCUCCAUUCCUUAUGGCAUCCUUGGGUAAGAGGAGUGCAGUGUUUGACUCAGCAGGCUUUGUUCAUGAGACGUUGCAGGGUCUCAUGAAGAGGUUCAAGAGAGAAGUGCCAGGGGCAGAUUGGCUCUAGGUGAUGGCUGAGUAGAAGUGAAUUUACAAUUUAAUGCUCAUUGGACCCAUGUAUCCAUAGCACAGAAGGUCAAGUUCAGCUUUCGAGCUGGGUGGGAAGACUUCAGGGGACAGAGAGAGAAUCUGUGCAGGCAAAGAGGGAGAACCAAUUGGCCACACUGUGAAUAGAUAAGGCUUCUUAAGGCAGUUAGUCAUCUCAUGGGCUUGGGGGAAACACAGCCCUGGUCACCUGACUUGAGUUAGCCAGGAAUGUAUUAGACCAGUGGCUCCACUGCUCUUUCAUUCUCUGGCAGCUUCACAAGGGUGAGAUCUCCUUCCAUGGACAAGGUCCUCUCCCAAUCUCUGUCCUGUUGCCUCGUUUUCGACAGCCAGGAAAACAGUUCAUGGAGCGCAGCGUGAGCUCUGCUACAUUAGAGCUUCAGGGACCGGAAAAAGAAGGGAAGCCCCUGUUGAUGAGGUUUCAAUGUUAACAAGUGUGGUGUGGUGUUAUCCAGCCUCAUAGCUUCCUCUAGUGGUCAGAUGUGGGAUAUUCUCAGGUAGAAGAUGGGAGUUUUCAGUGGCAGGUUGAACAGGCUUGGACCUUUUUUAUUUGACUUUUCCUCACCAACAAGUUCCUUGCUCUGUUUGAUUAGACGUUGCUUUGGAUAAUAGAUGGUAGGGAGCCUGUAAUCCAGUGGUAAUUCUGUUGGAAUCUCUUAUCCUAUGAUUCUCUUUUGGUCUGGAAUUAUUUAUAUUUAUAGAGCGCCAUUGGUAUUCCUGACACUGUUACAGAUCUAAAAUAAGACAAUAAUGCCCUGAGGAGUUCAUAAUCUGCAGGGAAAAUUCAGCCCUGCUGUAACUCCACUGACUUCAGUGGGGUCACACGGGAGAUGAAUUUUGCCCCAGUUAUCCUUGUUAGAAACCUUCUAGUUCAUGACAAGAAAACAGGACAUCUUCUCAGUCUAUAUUUUCCUCCCUACCAUGUCCUUUAAAGGUUGCCUUUCUUUUCCUUGCACAUCUUGCCGUGAGCCUUGCAAGGAACAGAUUAUUGGACUAUCCAAAUGCCUGUGCACCUGUAUCUUGGAUGUGGAUUAAAUUAGGAACCAUCAUCCACAUCCCAGUGUCUCCCCUCCAAACAUGCUGUGACCACCUCAGCUAAUACAACAUAGGCAAAAACCAGAAUGUUUCAUCUUUUGUAGUGGCCUUCAUAAACCUUGGUCUCAAGAGUCAAAGGUGCUCUCCAAAGCAUUAUAUAUCUGGCUGGUGUCACACCGCUGGACACAAGGAGCUCAGCAUCAUAAAUGGGUGAGUACCUGCCCUGGAGAUCCCGCAUGUGCUAACACAAAAAGGAAUUAGCCCCCGAACUGAAUUGGGUCCAUGAUGAGGAACACAUCAUCUCUUAAGGCUUGUCCUGUGGGCGGAGGGCUUCCUCUGGUAUUGUCUCUGCACUGAUCUGUUCUGUGUGGGGCUGAUAACAUGGAAAAGACCAUGUGUUCCCAGGAGGCUUUCGGCUUGAGGAGAUUUUCUUUAGGUUUUUGAGUGGCUUAACUUUUUAAGUGUUUUUUCUUGGGGUUUUGAAGUUAGGCAGGUGGACUGCCUCUCCCUCGACAUCUAUUUGUGGUUGCCAGGGAAUAGGUCUAAUCUGAAGGAGCGUGUCUAUUUUUAGCUUGUUUUAUACAGCCUAGAUGCCUACUUUUCUCUCUAGGAAUGGAGAGGAACUGUAACGCCCUUGGUCUGAAUGCUAGUAAUAGUUACCUGCCUUACAAGGGUAUUGUGAGGAUUAAUUGAUGUUUACAGAGUGGUUUGAACACGAAAAAAAAUUAUACAAAUAUUUUUAUGUAAGCCACUGUGUCCACUGGAAAAAAUUUCCCAGCUGUUGCUGUCUUUAUCUCCAGUGGGAAGCGGCUGUCUAAAUACCUCUAACCCUCAGAAUCUCCUCUCUCUCAUGCUGGGAGGGGAUUGUUUCUGUAGCUCUCAUGCCAGAGACCCCUGUGCCUCACACUAGGACAGGUGAGGGUAUGUGUGUCUCGAGCAGUCAGUUGUUUCUGUUGAUCCCUAUGUGCAGUGUGGCCACUGGCUAGGCCUUAAGAGACUUGGGUUCUAUUCUCAGCUUUGCUGCUGGGUGUCCGUGAGAAAAUCGCGUCACCUCCCCAUGCCUCAGUUUCCCCAUCUGUGAAAUGAGCAUAAUGAUACUGAUCUCCUUUGUAAAGCACUUCAAGAUCUGUGGAUUAAAAGAGAUAUACAAGAGCUAGAUAUUAUUAACAUAAGUUCUUAGUCAUCUCCGCAGCCACUUCCCACCCAUUUUCCGUAGGCAUGAUGCUACCCAACUGCAUCUGCCUUCACCCUUACUGUGCAGUAUCAUUCAUCAGUUGCUUAGUAGUAAUUUCAGCUCACCUGUUAUGGCAGCCUGUCUGUAGAGUUUGUCUUCCCACCAAGCUUGGUUCAUCUGAAGCUGAGUGCUGUGUGUAGGUAGCUGAAGGGGAGUGGAUUCCUGCUACCAAACAGGACCAAAAGGGAAGAAGUUAAGGGAUAGGGUAGGCUGGAGGUUGGGAAAUGAAAGCCAGGGAGUGGGGAACAUGCUGGUUCUAAAGAGGGGAUCCUAUUUGUUUCCUUCCUUUGUGUGUGUGUGUGUGUGUGUGUGUGUGUAUGACUAAAGUCAAAAGGCCCAGGCACAUCUGUGUUGACCUCAAGCUCUUAUCCUGUGUGAUUCUCCUCGUUCUUACUUGUACUGGUGUCUUUGAUACUAAAUAUUUCUAACUUGGCGGAAAAGCAAAGGCACUUCGGGGCUCUGGUCACCAGGGAUUCAAAGCUGCUCUGUCCAUAGAGAUCGGUCUUUCUGUGUAAUUACUUCUAUGGGUUAUUACUAUGGAUAUCCAUUCAGUCCCUGUUUAUAUUUCAUCCAGGUGUAACCUUCAAGGCAAAGAGCCUUAGUGCUGUGUGAGCUGAGGAGCGCUCAUGUCUUACUCUAAUGUGUACUAAGAAUGUAUACAGAAUAAAUGGAAUCUGACGACUAUCUGGUGGAGGGUGUGGCUUGUUUGCUGUUAAAUAGAGAAUUGUCAAGUUUAAAGAUGAAUUUUAGUUGCUUGUUUAAGUUGGAGACCCUGUGUGCUGCCCAGAAUCAAUGCUAGUGUAAGUAGGCACUUUCCUUCAUGCAACUUUGCUAGUGCUCCGAAUCCUGACCUGCUAUGCCAGUCUUGGCCUCCCCAUACAGCUCUGCCAAUGCACCUCUAUCCCAACCUCCUGUAACCUAUGCUAUUUCAGUCCUGGACGCCACCUGUAGCUCUGCCGGUGUCCUGCAAUCAUGGCCUGCAGCACUUCUUGCUAUUCUAUUCCUGAUCUCAUGAACAGCUGUGCCAAUGCACCCUAGUCCUGACCUACACUACGCUCUGUUUUACCAGUCCUGGGCUCCCCACAAACAGUUACGCCAAUUCACUUCAAUUCUGACCUGUUGCUUUUCUAGUCCUGUGCCUUUCCCAAGCAACAGAACAUAGGCUUUUCCAUGUGAGAUCAGCGCAUUGCUCCAUCAAGACCCAGUAUCCUGCCUCCAGCAACAGCCUCUGCCUGGUUAUUCACUACUUUUGCCAUGUUGUGGGAGAUUUUCAAAGGCAAAAUGGAAUGUAAGCACCUGGCUGCAUGUGUACCCUUGAAAAUCUCACUGUUUAUAGAAAGUGCUUUGUGGAAUAUGGAUGACAGUUCCUGCCCAAAAGAGCUUAAAUCUAACCUGGAUAAUACAAUACAGAGCCCACUGGUUCCAAUGAAAGGAAGUGAAGGGGCAUCACAAGGGAGGUGUGUUUGAAGUUAUUUGAGGGGAGCUUCUUGGCUGGUGGGAUUCUGGAGGCUGUGCCAAACACAAAGGGGCACCAUCGAGCAAAGCAUAAUAAGGACAAUGGGAGGAGAUGGAGAAACAGACUCGAGGUCCCAGAGUGCUUACUAGCUACAAUCUAUUUAGCUUUGAGCUAUCACUUAAUAAAAGGCUCCUGUUUGAACUUCUUAUCAGCUGUGAAAUGUACCCAAAUAAUUCAAGCUGCAGGCAGUAGCAGUAUUGCCAAUCUCAAGCAUUUGAAAAUUACAUCAGACCCCCGAAAAAUCAGGAGAUUGGCUUAAAAUCAUACGCUUUUUAAAAAAUAAGUAUUUGGGGACUUUCUUUGUGCUUUAGGGGUCAUGGUUUCAGGGUUUCUCUGCAAACAGUGCUAUAAAUGUGUGUGUGUGGUUUUUUUUUAAUGAAAUCUGAGAAUCCUUUGAUUUCAGUGGUGUGACCGUUAAGGAAACCACCACAUAUCACAAGACUUGGGGACAGUUCCAGUUAGGGAAAAUCAUGCUUCUCUAAUCUACUAGAAUUUUUUCAGCUUGUUUAACCAAGUAGUGAAUAAGGAAGACUGGUUGAUAGAACUUAUCUGGGCUUUAAAAAGCCUUUGGCAAAGUCCCUCACAAAGAAGUUCUUAAGAAAACUGAAUGAUCACAGGAGUGAGAGAGAAAAUUCUGUCAUGGAUCAGAAACUGGCUAAGAGACAGAAAAGAAAGAGGAGUCAAUGGCCAAUUUUCAACCUAGGGUGACCAGAUGUCCUGAUUUUAUAGGGACGGUCCUGAUUUUUGGGUCUUUUUCUUAUAUAGGCUCCUAUUACCCCCCACCCCCUGUCCUGAUUUUUCACAUUUGCUGUCUGGUCACCCUAUUUCAACCUGUCAAAAGGUUAACACUGCAAUAUGCCACAAAGGUCCACACUAAGGCCAGUGUUUAUUAUAUUAAUGAUAUGGGAUGGGAUGAAUGAAGCAGUGGCAACAUUUGCAGACACAAUGAUUAUUUAGGUUAGUUAAAACCAGAGAAGUUGGCAAAGAACUAAUGAUGGCAGAUAAAAUUCAGCUUACUAGGUUCUAAACUGAUAGAAAUGACACAAGGAAAAGACCCUGGUGUUACUGAGGACAACUUGAUGAAAACCCCGGCUUGGUGUAUAGUAGUGGCCAGAAAACUAAAGAAUGUGUUCUAAAGAUAGAGAUUGAAAAUAGUACUGUGUAGUUAUGCCGAUUUUCUCAAUUAACACCACAUCUGCACCUGGGAUUCUGGUUGAGAUUGUCAAAGCUGACUCUGAUUCAUCCACCCACCUCUCAUUGAAAUGAGUGAAUGUUGUGUAGCCAAAUUGCCUAGAUGACUCUGAAGUUCACUGAUUUGUUCAGUUCUGGUCUCCCCGUCUACGAAAAGCAUGUUAGCAGAAAGAGAAAGGGGCAGAGCUGGGUGAUAGUAUGAUGAGUCUUGGAAAGGCUUCAGUGUGAAGAGAGUGGGGACUAUCUGUUUUGGAGAGGAGAUGAAUAAAAGGGGUCAUGAGAGAGGAAUAUGAAAUAAUGACUGCAAUAGAGAAGUCUCAGGUGCUGCUGUGUACCCUAGUAACUUCUUAAGACAAAACCAAAUCAAUAUCCAAUAAAACUGAAAGGCAGUGCAUUUUAGAACUGACGGAAGAAAAUCCAUUUUUUACACAGUAUGUAAUUAACGUAUGGGACUCAUUGCCACAAAAGAUAAUUGAACCUAAAAAAGUUGGUAGGAUGUCAGAUGAGUAGAUAUUUAGAUCAAUAAUGAGAACAUCCAUGUUUGGGUCAGACAGGAUAGAAAAUGCACGAGGACUAUAAACUUUCAUGCUUCAGGGAAUACAUCAACCACUACUGCCUGGAGUCAGGAAUAAAGUUCCUUUAGGAGCAGGUUACUCCAUAAUUGUCCACUAUGAUGUUCAUUGCAGUGACCCGUGAAGCAUCUGCUAAUGAUGGCCACAGGAUCCUGGAUUUAGAUCAUUGCUCUGAACCAGUUUAGCAAUUCUUACAUUUCUAGUGUUGGCAAUAAAUCAUGCUUCAGUUGAUACAACCAGGCACCUGGCCUCUUGCCCAUUUUUAAUGGCGCUUGAAGGAGAAAGGAACAUUCUGCAAGACCAAAUCAGAUCUGAGUGUGUGAGGUGGGAUAACAGGGUUCCUUCCAUGCCCCUUUCCCACCCACAUUCAAUUUGCUUUUCUGUAAUUUUGGCCCAUGGGGCGAGCAGUUUCCACUGUUUAUCUAGGUCCUUGGUGAUAAGGGUCCCCUUGAGUGAGCUGAUAUUUAUAUUUACCCUUUUAUAAUAAAAAUCCAGAGAACAGGAUAUGGGCCACGUAGCAUAUACCUCUGCUGAGAACAGUCACAAUCUUUGGGGUGGAGGGUAAGAGCUGCUGCUUGUGUAGCUAAGCUUGAGAGUCUUCCUUCUCCUUGCUGUUCUGCACCUCUCCCUGUUCCCACAGAUAUCAAGGAGAUCAGACAUCUAAACUGCUGCAAAGUAUGGCACUGCUCUUAUGACAAUAGGCUGAAGAAUUUACCCAUCUGCAGUUAGGAAAAGAGACUAUGGAGGAAGCAAUUCCAUAAGACUUGAUUGGCGUGAAAAGUUCUUCAAGUGUUGACAAAGUGACCAUUUAAAAAGAAAGUGGGGUGGGGGAAAGGGGAGACAGACACCUCCCACCCCCAGCUAUCUGCCGGAAGUAGGCACAAUGCACUCAGAACAGGGCUACACACUGGUGGUUUGAUCCAGACACUGGACUUGAUUCAGGAAUGAUUGGGUGAAAUGCUCUGGUCUGUGUUAUGCAGGAGCUCAGAUUAGAUGAUCGAAAUGGUCCCUUCUGGCCCUUCCCCCUGUGAAAUCUUUGCAAAACCCACCACGGUCGAUCACAAGGGUGCAAGUGAAGCUCCCUUUGAACUUAGCAGCAAUAGGACAACACUGAUGCCCCUCGAACUGGAACCUCUGAAGUAUAGACAAAAUGUCCAGAGGGGUUUUUCUCCUAGCGAGUGAUGCACAUCUGGAAUUCGCUCCCCUAGCAGCUCGUGUCAGAAUCCACAUGACUCGGGGCUCAGGAGCAAACAGCGAUAAUGAUCAGGACAGGGAUUGACGUUGGAGGGUAUUGAUGGGAACUGGAUGAUGAAGUGGUGGCCCCAGCUGACAGACGCAGGAGUUGAGCUAGUUGCUGCUGAGUAGUGGGGAAGGUUUUGCUGUUCCUGUCCUGUGCACUGGGGGGCUUCGUUCUCCAAGGCCGAGCAAGGCCAUUGACAAAGUCUCCCUUGCAGAUCCAAGGGUGAUCGAGUUUAUGAUCAGAGCUCUCCGCCCCUGGUGGUCUGCUGGGCUGUGCCUCCAUAGGGAUAACAACAGUCCUGUGUUAUAAGGGAUGCCCCUUAUUUAAAUACAAAAUCAGUACGAGUGCCUUUUAUCCCGUAAUUCAACCAGGAGUGUAGCACUGCCAGCAGCCAGGGUGGUCCGGAGGAUCGCUCUGGCACCUGAAAUUGGGCAGAACCGUGCUCCACCUCUGGGAUUGCACUUUGUGAAGUGCCGCCAGUUGGCAACUUGACCUGGCCGUACGGGGUCUCAAUGCUGCUCAAAUUAGUCCCGGCCGCUCCUCCGUCGUGCCAAAGUGGCCUCUGGACCCCCUGCUGAAAGUUGGGCCUUCACCCCGCAUUGAAAUCUGAAAUGGCACCCUGCAGAGAUUUCUUCCUCACCGCACAAGAGGAUCAGGAGCUGCAAAAAGCAGCAAGAAAUACCCUGUGGCAAAAGGAGGCGGAGACAACAGUGCACCCUUUGGGUAUAUAGGCAGGGAGCCUGGGACUCCAACCUCAGCCCGGCGUCCAGGACUGAACCGGGGGACUGUUGAGAAACUGCUUGCACAAGAAGAGCAUCAUGAAGUGGCUGAUCCUCGCCUUGGUGUGUCUCCACCUCUCAGAGGGGAUGGUGAGAAUUCCCCUGAAGAAAUUCAAAUCCAUGCGGGAGGUGAUGAAGGAGAAGGGCGUACUCAGGGACUACCUGAAGAACCACAAGUCUGACCCAGCCAGCAAGUACUUCAACAACUUUGCUGUUGCCUAUGAGGCCCUGGUUAACUACCUGGAUAUGUCCUACUAUGGGGCGAUCAGCAUUGGAACCCCACCCCAGAGCUUCCUGGUUCUCUUCGACACCGGCUCCUCCAACCUGUGGGUGCCCUCGACGUACUGCCAGAGCCAGGCCUGCACCACCCACACUCUGUUCAACCCCAAUGACUCCUCCACUUACUCUUCCAAUGGACAGACCUUCUCUCUGCAGUACGGCAGUGGCAGUCUCACUGGAGUCUUUGGCUAUGACACCGUGACAAUCCAGGACGUUUCCAUCACAAAACAGGAGUUUGGCCUGAGUGAGACUGAGCCUGGCACCGACUUUGUCUAUGCUCAGUUCGAUGGGAUCCUCGGUCUGGGUUUCCCUGCCAUUGCUGCUGGCGGUGCCACUACUGUGAUGCAAGGUCUGAUCCAGGAGAACCUCCUCAGUGCCCCGCUCUUCAGCUUCUACCUGAGUGGGCAAGAGGGCAUUCAGGAUGGUGGUGAACUUCUCUUUGGAGGGAUUGACUCCAAUUUGCACUCUGGUCAGAUUGUCUGGACGCCUGUCACCCAGGAUGCUUAUUGGCAAAUUGGAAUUGAAGGUUUCUCUGUUGACGGACAGUCCACUGGCUGGUGUAGCAGUGGCUGCCAGGGGAUUGUGGACACUGGAACUUCCCUACUCACUGCUCCACAGGCGGUUUUUUCGCAGUUGAUGGAGGACAUUGGCGCUCAGGAGAACAGCGAUGGAGAGUACACGGUUAGCUGCAGCAGCAUUGACAGCAUGCCUACCAUCUCCUUCACCAUCAGUGGAACCAGCUUCCCGCUGAGCCCCUCUGCCUACGUGCUCCCGAGCAAAAGCACCGAGUGCGUCGUGGGCAUCUCACCCACUUAUCUGCCAUCCCAGAACGGGCAGCCCCUCUGGAUCCUGGGUGACGUCUUCCUCAGGGCAUAUUACUCUGUUUACGAUGUAGGCAACAGUCAGGUGGGCUUUGCCCCAGCAGCGUAAGUGCCACCGACUGUCUUCCACGCUGCUCCGAACCGUCUCCUGCCUCUGCUCCAACCUGCUGGGCUGUGACACUCUGGCCCCCGCAUGCCUCUUGCCAAGGAUUUUGAACAUCUCUCUGUACUGAACUUUUGCAAAUUUCUGAAGCCUCUCUCCGGUGAAUUCUGGGCUCCCCUUCGAAGGUGACUGCAAAUAAAUAAAAGGCAUUAAAAACAUGAA